AUGGCAAACAACCUCACUUCGGCUUUCACUUUUGCUCUCAUCCUCUGUGUUUCAGCCCUUUCACUAAUUCCACACACCACCUCAUUAUCAUCCUCAUUCCAAUUCCCUCCAAACCAAUCCACAAUCCUCCCUGACCCUUCAAGCUUCUUCUCUGCGAACCUCCUCUCCGCCCUUCUCCCCGCCAAUUCUUUUUUUCAGAACUUUGCUCUCAACAAUGGUGACAAACCAGAGUACUUCCACCCCUACAGCGUCCACUCAUCCUCCUCCUCUCUAUCUAUCUCCUACCCAUCUCUCUCCUCCACCUCUGCUUUCAUCUCCUAAACCUUUGUCCCUGACCUCACCAUCUCCGCCACCCAAACCCUAGCCAACUUAGCUACAGCAAAUAACAGCAGCCGUGUAAUCUCUGCCUUCACUGAUCUCAGUGUCACCUUGGACUUUCCCUCCUCCAACCUUCGUUUCUUCCUCGCUCGAGGAAGGCCCUAUGUCACCUGCAAUGUGUCUAGCCCCACUGCGUUUUCUAUCUCAACCAUUCACGCAAUCCUCGAAUCCUAUUCGAGCAACUCAAAGACCAAGUUCACCGUCCAGCUUGACAUCAAUCAAACAUGGGUUAUGUACACCUCCUCCCCAGCUAAUUUGACUAGAAGCAGCCCAUCAACCUUAACUUUUGAUGGCUAUUCUGGGAAUAUUCGGAUUGCAUUGGUGCCGGGUUCUGAUCCAAAAUACGUGGCAAUCCUUGACCGGUUUAGUUCUGCUUACCCCGUUUCUGGUGAAGCUGUGUUCACAAAGCCAUUCACUCUGGAAUAUAAAUGGGAAAAGUAUGGACGGGGAGAUUUGCUUAUGCUAGCUCAUCCUCUCCAUCUUCACCUUCUGUCUAAUGCUACUGUUUUGGAGGAUUUCAAGUACAAGAGUAUUGAUGGCGAUCUGGUGGGCAUCGUUAGCGAUUUGUGGGAGUUGAAAUCUCAUAAUAUAUCAGUCACUUGGCAUUCAAUCGGAGGUGUAAAACAAGCCUCAUACCCUGAAAUUGUUUAUGCGCUUUGUCGCGAUGUUAGGUCGACGCCAAUAACAACUGAAUCUUCAUACUUUUAUGGGAAAUUGGUUGCCAGAGCAGCAAGGUUGGCUUUGAUUGCAGAGGAGGUGGAUUGUCUUGAUGAAUACUUGGCGGACGCCAUUGAGGCAUGGUUGGAUGGUACUUUUAGUGGGAAUGCUUUUUUGUAUGAUCCUAAAUGGGGUGGACUUGUCACCCAACAAGGAUCAACCGAUCGCAGGGCAGAUUUUGGGUUUAGAGUUUAUAAUGAUCACCAUUAUCAUCUUGGAUAUUUUGUUUAUGGUAUUUCAGUGCUUGCAAAGAUUGAUCGUGCAUGGGGGAGCAAAUACAAGCCUCAAGCUUACUCUCUUGCAGCAGAUUUCAUCAACAUGGGCAACCAAUCGAAUUCAAACUAUCCGCGGUUGAGAUGCUUUGAUCUGUACAAACUACACUCAUGGGCUGGAGGACUAGCUGAAUUUGGAGAUGGAAGGGACCAAGAGAGCACAAGUGAGGCAGUGAAUGCUUACCACUCAGCUGCAUUGAUGGGCUUAGCUUAUGGAGACUGUAUUUAUAGUGGCUUUGGAGAGGUUGGUGGGGUUGGUGUAGUUGGUGCGGUUGGUGUAUUUAGUGCGGUUGGUGUGGUUGGUGGGGUUGGUGUAUUUAGGAGUUAUCGAUUAACCAAAUCCCUAAUUAUCCGUUGGGCUGGUCCUAACCACAAAUGCCCCCCAGCUUCUGGGCUGCGUGGUGGCAUGUAG